UUCGUUUAUCCAAUGACUGAAAAUUUGUUCAUUAUGCAGGUAAAAACAAAGUGGUUUUGUUUAAAUCGUGUAGUUUCAGAAUGUGAACUCGGUGGGCCGCUGUUGACCAGCGUCUUGUCAUUUUUAGCGAUAUUUAUGCCAGAACUUCCCCUGCCUCCUCAUACGGGAGAAGGACACGGAAACGCGGCACAUGUAGUCGUCAGUGGAUAAAACGCGAGGAACGAGAAUUCUACCUGGAUUAAUACUAUUUGCAUUUUUGUGGACCUGGUUGUGGUUUGAUCGUAUCAGUAGCGCUGCUAGUAAAAGGAGGGGGAACACGUUGUCUGAAUCGACGGUGAUGCCAGGCAGAACAAUGGGACGGCAAGUACUGUUGUUUUUAUCAGCCCUGUGCCUCAGUCGUGUCCUCGGCCAAGUCAGCUACACUAUUCCAGAGGAAAUGGCCAAAGGCUCUUUGGUCGGUAACAUAGCUCAGGACUUAGGUUUGGAUGUUAAACGGCUACAAGCCCGAAAGGCUCGCAUUCACACCGGCGAUAGUACAGAAUACAUCCAGCUGAGUAGGGAAAAUGGGCUCCUCGUUAUCAAAGACAAAAUAGACCGUGAAGCUCUCUGUGGCCAGACGACGCCUUGCGCUCUACAUUUUCAGAUCGCUUUAGAAAGCCCAAUAGAAAUAUUCCCCGUCACAAUAGAAAUCACAGACAUCAAUGACAAUGCUCCGACCUUCCAGAAGGACGAGAAGAAAAUAGAAAUCAGCGAAUCCGCAGUUAUUGGCUCCAAGUUCGUGCUAGAAAAAGCAAUAGAUCCUGACAUCGGACUGAACGGUCUUCAGACGUAUACGCUGAAGCCCAGUGAUCAUUUUAAGAUCAGAUUACACAGUCAAUCCGACGGCGUUAAAAAGGUAGAGAUGAUUUUACAGAAGCCUUUAGACAGAGAGAAAGAGGAGUUUGUGUCGCUCCUGCUGACGGCUGUAGAUGGAGGAGAGCCGCAGAGAUCUGGGACAAUGCAAAUUCAUAUCACUGUUUUGGAUGCUAAUGAUAAUUCUCCUGUUUUUUCAAAAAGCAUCUACAAAGCAAGUGUCAAGGAAAAUUCACUGACGGGAACAGUAAUUACAAAAGUCAGUGCCUCUGAUGCGGACAAAGGCUCGAAUGGCGAGGUUAGCUACAUAAUCAGUAACAGCAUCUUGGGCACAACACAAUUAUUCCGCAUUACGGAGGACGGGGAUCUUGUUUUAAAUGGACCUAUUGAUUACGAAAAAGCUCGAAAUUAUGAAAUUGAUAUAGAGGCAGUGGACAGAGGUGGUCUCUCUGAUUCAAGUAAAGUUAUAAUUGAUGUCGGUGAUGUUAAUGACAAUGUCCCUGUUAUAAAUAUGAUUUCAUCGUCCAAUUCAGUGAUUGAAGACGCUAUUUCUAACACGGUAGUAGCUGUAAUGAGUGUAAAUGAUCCUGAUUCGGAAGAAAAUGGGAGGGUUCGGUGUGUGAUUGGCAGAAACAUUCCGUUUGAAAUUAAAUCUACAUCGAGUAACUUUUAUAGUAUCGUUACUGACGACGAUUUAGACAGAGAGGGAGCCUCAGAGUAUAACAUCACAGUGACCUGCUCUGAUGAGGGAGUUCCCUCCCUCUCCAGCAGCGUCACUCUCACUUUACAGAUCUCUGACGUCAACGACAACGCGCCUGUCUUUGAGAGGAGCUCAUAUGAGGCCUACAUAGUAGAAAACAACACACCAGGUCUCUCUAUAUUCACAGUCAAAGCCACAGACGCUGACUGGAACCAGAAUGCUCGUGUUUCUUACAUCCUGGAGGACUCCUCUGUGAACGGAGUGCCAGUCUCCUCAUAUGUGUCAGUUAGUGCUGAUGGUGGAGUCAUCCACGCAGUUCGCUCCUUUGACUACGAGCAGAUCAAAGACUUCCAGUUCCGCGUCAAAGCUCAGGAUGGAGGUUCUCCUCCGCUCAGCAGUAACGUGACGGUGAAAAUCCUGAUCCAGGACCAGAACGACAACCCUCCUCAGGUUCUGUACCCAGUCCAGACUGGGGGCUCUAUGGUGGCUGAGAUGGUGCCUCGUUCAGCAGAUGUGGGCUAUCUGGUGACUAAAGUGGUGGCUGUGGAUGUGGACUCUGGACAGAACGCCUGGCUCUCCUAUAAACUGCAGAAAGCCACAGACAGGGCGCUGUUUGAAGUGGGCUUACAGAAUGGAGAAAUCAGAACCAUCCGCCAAGUGACUGAUAAAGACGCAGUCAAGCAGAGGCUGAGUGUUAUAGUGGAGGACAACGGGCAGCCCUCUCGUUCAGCUACAGUCAUUGUUAACGUGGCGGUGGCGGACAGCUUCCCUGAAGUGCUGUCGGAGUUCACGGACUUUACACACGACAAGGAGUACAAUGACAACCUGACUUUUUACUUAGUGCUGGCUCUGGCUGUAGUUUCCUUCCUGUUCAUCACGUGUUUAGUGGUCAUCAUAUCAGUCAAAGUGUACAGGUGGAGACAGUCUCGCAUCCUGUAUCACUCCAACCUGCCUGUGAUUCCAUAUUAUCCACCACGUUACUCAGACACUUUGGGGACAGGGACUCUCCAACACGUGUACAACUACGAGGUGUGCAGGACCACUGACUCCAGAAAGAGUGACUGUAAGUUCGGCAGAGCCGGUAGUCAGAACGUGCUGAUCAUGGAGCCCGGUUCAACAGGGACGAUGCAGAGGAUGCAGAGUGAAAAGAGCAUCUUGGACGAACCAGACUCUCCUCUAGAGGUUAGCAAAGUAGCAUAA